GAUGACCUUAAGCAGUGCGCCAAAUUCCUCACCGGAGUCCUACUAGCUAGACAUUUUUGUGCUUAGUUUGGAAUACUCUAGUUACUUGUGACUAUGGCAACGAAUCCAGAAGAACUUUUGUCAAGUGUGUCCAAGGCUUAUUACCCUACUGAUCCUCAUUCUUACGAACAAUGGGUGACUUACAUCAACAAAAUGGAAGAGAAAGUUAGGUCAAUGGGAAUAGAUGAAGAUAUUCCUAAAGUUCUUUUAGGAGUAUAUGAAGACGCUGUGAAUAAUUUGGAAAUUGACUGGACUAAUGAGACGUUCUCUAUAAUUUCUUUCCGAAGAGCGGUUCUCGAUGUGUUCGAAAAUGGUAGAAACAGUUUCGCAUAUCUUACUUCAUUUGCUCUAUAUGGAUGGAAAAAUAUUCACUUAAUUGUAGGCCUAGCUCAUCAGUAUUGCAUGAAUGGUGAUAAAGCCAAAGCGAAAUGGGUAUUAAAUGCGUUAAAGAAGCGUUAUGAUAGUACUGGAGUAGAAUUACUCCGCAAAGCAGAGAAUUUGGUGGACAACGAUGGCGACUUCAAGCCAUUAGUGGGUCCAUUCUACUACUUACCAUACUCUAGACCCCCGGAUAUAAAUGCCGAAUUGAGUCCAGCUAAACCUUCUGCGACAUCAGAAGAGAUUCUUUCCAAUGGUGAAAAUGCAUCAAUUGUUCGUCUGACUGCGGAAAUGGAUCGAAAAAUGCUGAUCAGUGAAUUCAAGGAUUCAAUGAACUGUACAUCACUUUACACUCCACCAGAGCUCAUUCAAAUUGAUAUGCAAGAUUCAGCCGAAAAUCCGGGACGAAAUUCGUCUUUUGAACCGUGUUCUUCGUCCACUGUUUCAGUGUCUGUGGAAUUUGAUGAACGUUCACCUCUCCGUGGUUGCGAUGGAUUUGGAAGUGGGGCACAACACCAUUCUGUGGGUGUACAAACCGACUUAGAAGAUGCGGAAAAGAAUGAAGUCAUGGUUGGAAGUGAAUUCUAUCGAAUAAUUGGUAGAUUAGGUGAAGGCGGUUCAUCUGUGGUGUAUUCAGCUUUGGAUGGCAGUUUCAAUCCUUGGGCGAUUAAAGUAGUCACAUUGAAGCGUGGUAUUUCGAAGGAGUGUGUCACCUCCUACCUACACGAGAUUGAAAUGCUCAAACGUUUUCAGAAAAGCGAUAGGAUUAUUCGAUUGAGAACAUAUCUACAAACGCCUGAGCUUAUUAUUUUGGUAUUGGAGAAAGGGGAAUGUGAUCUGAGUAAAAUUAUUAUUGAAUAUGCUUCUAAAGGAAGUAGUACAACGUCUUCAUUCGUUAGUCGUAUGCCGACAACAGCUGUUAUACUCUACUGGGAUCAGAUGUUAAGAUGUGUGAAAGAACUUCAUGAUCUAGGCAUCGUUCACUUAAACUUGAAACCACAGAACUUUAUUUUAUUGGAGGGUCAAUUAAAACUUAAAGGCUUUAAAGCUAGUCGAAUACUCCCUUACAAAUCAUCAACAUUGAAUGAACGGAUGCAUUUGGAAGCUGUACCGUAUAUGAGUCCAGAAGAGUUGAAGAAAAGGCCAAAGCGUAGACCAACAUAUAGAUGGGGUUGUUUUUCAGAGGAGAAAAAGAAUACAGAACUUAAGAUUGGUAGGAAAUCUGAUGUCUGGUCGUUGGGAGUAAUCCUGUAUCUAAUGAUUUAUGGGAGGACACCAUUUUCACAGAAAACGGUAGAAGCACGUAUACAAGCGAUAAUCGAUCCAACUAUGAAAAUCCCUUUUCCAGCUAUCAAUAAUAAUUGGUUUCAAAAAGAUCACAAAAAAGAUGCCAGAAGGAUUGUCAAAUUAUUAUUAUUAUUACCCUUAUGGAUUCCGAGUAUAACACAGGGCUUCCAAGAGAACAUUUCAAUUGUGUCCUUUUAGGCUGUGUUAUGUACUCGUUGUCAAUAUAUGUUAUGGGGUCGUUGCCGAUAUUAUGGUGUGUGACUGAGUAUAAAUGUGCGCCUGAUGUGAGAUAUAACGGACGAUAACAUACAGACUGGUACUGCUGAGUACUUAAUUUGUCCUGAAGCGAAGAGGCGAAUCAGAAGACCACCUACUUUCACGAAGAUAUGUUUAUUUUCCAAUAAGGGAAAAUUAACUGUCACAUCACACACAAGAGUGUAAGUGAAAAAGGUACUAAAGAGUGCCAAAGGUGUAUGAAACAGUGUAUUAAAAACUCUACAAUACAAGAGUAUGCAUGAAAAUGUGUAUUGGGAAAACCACCUGGGAGUAUUGAACAGCUGUAUAUACUGUUGGAGAGUCCCAAACUAGGACGAAACAGCUGUCCAAUACUCCCAAGUGGUUUUACAAUACUUCUCUAACUGAUGUGUCAACUCAUGAUGACAGCCUUCAACUAAUCUUGCAGUGAUUAUUUGGCAGUAAGGUGGUGGCAGGUGGGUAAGUAGGUAAGAAUUAUUUUUUAAUCAAAACAACGUCGUGAGAAGCAUCACUUCUUUUUUUUCACGUCUUUUAUACUUUAGCUUACAUAGAAGCGUAAUUAUAUACCAUGUGGUUUAUGCAGAAUUGUUUACAUUUUUGUUUUUUGUAUCAUUACUACUUUCUUAAAGGCCUUGGAAGAAUGUUUAUCUCGA